AUGGCUGCAAGCAUCUAUUCCAUUGCACAGCAUUUAGCUUUAAUGAUAUCAAAUGAAGCUGAUUUCCUCUUUGGAGUACAAGAUCAGGCCCAAUUGUUAAGCAACGAGAUCAGAUUGAUGAGUUCUGCAUUACGAGACGCGAGCGAGAAACGCCGCACAAGAAAUGAGGUGGAAGAAUGGCUGAACCAAGUUAGAGAUGUUGUCAUGGAGGCCGAGGAUGUGAUUGACUUCUUCUUCUUUCGAGCAGGGAGACAACGGUACAGAAAUAUCCUUACCAGGUACAUCUGCUACCCCAAUCUACUAUAUAAUCUCCACAAAUUUGGGAGGGAAAUUGAAAAUUCCAAUAAAAAGAUUAACCAGCUUUCAGUUAGGAGAUCUAUGCUGGGCCUUGCAACUACAGAGGCAGGGCAAAGUUCAGUUGAUAUGAACAGGAAUAAACAAGAUCCGCCUUUUCUUCGGGUAGAUCGUGUCGAAGAAUUCUGUGUCAUCGGAUUGGAAGAGGAAGAGAAAAAAAUAGUAAACAAGUUGUUGGUACAGUGGAUGGAGCCCCAGCGGCCAUGUUCUACUGUUGUUGUUUCAAUUGUAGGAAUGGGUGGCAGUGGCAAAACCACCCUUGCUAGAAAAGUCUACAAAAGGAUUGAUGUUAAGGAACAUUUUCAGACUCGUGCUUGGAUUUCUGUCUCUCAACAAUAUAGAAUAAAAGAUCUUCUCCUGGUCAUUAUAGAACAGAUCAAGCCCCUCACCUCUAAGGAGAAGAAGGAGCUAAAUGUCGAAAGCUUGAUCCAUAGGCUCAAAAGUCACUUGAGAGAAACAACCUACCUAAUUGUAUUUGAUGACUUAUGGAGGCCUGAAGACUGGGACAUGUUGAAACAAGCACUUCCAGUUCAGGGAGAAGGUUUUCAAAGCAGGGUGCUGGUUACCACUCGCAAUGAAACCGUAGCUAGAUGUGCAGACCCCUCCACAGAUCCCUAUUUCCAGCGCCUUUUGAAUGAAGAUGAGAGUUGGAGUCUCUUCCUGACAAAGGUGAUGGGCAGUAAGUAUUAUUCAGGUUGCCUUGAAGAUUUGGAGGAUUUGGGGCAAAAAAUUGUUCACAAGUGUCAUGGAUUGCCACUGGCCAUCGUAGUAUUAGGUGGUCUCUUAUCCAUUAAACCGAAGACACAUAUUGUCUGGUCCAAGAUUCUUGAUGGUGUAAAUUGGGAGCUAAAUCAGAAUGAACGGAGUUGCCAACGAGUAUUGGCUCUGAGCUAUACUGACCUACCAGAUCAUUUGAAGCCUUGUUUCCUCUAUGUAGGUGUUUUCCCAGAAGACUCUGAGAUCCCACGUUAUAAAUUGAUAUGGUUAUGGGUGGCAGAAGGUUUCAUACAACCAAGGGGACGCUUGACGAUGGAAGAUGUGGCCGAGGAUUACUUGGAGGAGCUUAUCCAACGAAGCAUGAUCCAAGCAACAGGUCGAAGUUAUGAUGGACGUGUCACAACUUGCCGUAUCCAUGAUCUUGUCCGAGAUCUAGCAAUUUCAGAAGCUAAGCAAGAGAGAUUUCUUGAAGUUGUUGGGAGUUAUAGUGAGAAUUUGAUGAUUUCCCCAAAUAAACCUCGUCGGCUUUCCAUCAUUGAAUUUCCUGGAGGAAUGCAUAUGCAUGAUAGUCCAACAAAUGCUCUAAACCAAGGUACUACAGCACCACCACCAAAUCAUCUCCGUUCCUUAUUGUGCUUAUCUGGAAAUAUUGAGAGAAACAUGUGGGUGAAGAAGUCUCUUUAUGGAGCCAUGAAACUACUGAGAGUCUUAGAUCUAGAGGGUGCGCCUUUAGGUUCUAUACCUAGUAGGUUGCUCAAGCAGAUUGGAAAACUCAUCCUCCUUAAGUACUUGAGCCUACGUGGUUCCUUCUUAGAGAAACUUCCAUCUUCGAUAGGAGACCUGCAAAAUCUACAAACGUUGGAUUUAGGUUCUACUCAUUUCACACAACUACCUAUGACAAUGAUGAAACUGCAGCAGCUAAGAAAUCUUGUUUUCGCUACUACGCUUGGAGUUGGUCUCCAGGACUUUGAUUGCCCUCUGGACCACAUGACGAACCUGCAGACACUGAUGUUACAUGAAGGAAAAUGGAUGCGUAGGCUGGAUAAGUUGACUAAUCUGAGAGCACUACUUAUAAUCUCAGAAGGGAGUCGGUCGUAUUCAUACAAAGAGGCAUUGUUAAAUGCCAUCCCCAAAUUGAACCACCUUCGGGGCCUUUGUCUGACAUGUUUCGAAUGUAAAGAGGCACUAGUCCUUCCUGUUUCAUUCUCUCACCACUUGGAGCUCUAUCAUAUGUAUUUGGAAGGAAUAAUUGGAAUUCGAGAUUUUCCCUCCAAUCUCACCACCUUAACAUUGAGUUUUCAGGGAGGACAAUUGGUAGACGAACUGAUGGCAAACCUAAAGAAGCUACCCAAACUAAGGUGUCUCGUCUUGAGUAUGGCAGAUCUAGGAUCCAAAAUUAUUUUCUCUGCUGAUGGGUUUCGUCAACUUGAGGAAUUGAUAUUGCAUAAAUUAUAUGACUUACAGGAGUUGACGAUGGAGGAAGGAGCAUUACCGAACCUUAGGGUUUUAAGGAUUCUACAUUGUUCUGCGUUAAAAAGGCUUCCAUGUGGAUUGAAACAAAUGUUCACUCUUCAGGAACUUACCUUGACAGAAGAGCUUGAAUACAGGGUCCGGAAAGAUACAGGAGAUGAUUGGGAGAUCAUCAAACACAUACCCUCCAUUGAAACCAAAUCAAAUUCUGUUUUUUUAAGAAAUUUUUAUUAUCAAUGGUGCUGAUCCUUUGAUUCUUAAUAUUUUUUUUUUUU